AUGGCAUCUCGGCUGAAUCCAGCGGAGCAUUGCUCUGCAGGGCCCAGCAAUAGCCAAGAGACUGGCGGCAACAUCUUUCUGAUGAGGCACGCUACCGCCGAGCAUAAUGGACACAAUCACUAUCCGCACCGAGAUCCUCGCUUAGCACCAGAUGGAUUGGUCGACGCCCAGCAGGCUGUGUUGACCCCGAGCUCCCCAGACUUUCCCGAUCUGAUCCUUAUUUCUCCGUUGACGAGGGCAUUGCAAACUGCCCAGAUUGUCUUCGGAAGUACUACCAGUCUCAUGGGCCCACCAGAGGUUCAGAUCUGGCCUGAUCUACGUGAGUCCAACAAUACCAUCAGCAGCCUAGGCCAAUCGGCAGCAGUACUGAGGGAGAAGUUUCCCAUGUACGACUUCUCCGAGUGUCACGAGGAGUGGGACUAUGCCAAAGAGACGCAUCAACGGGCUGUGGCUAGAGCUGAGAGAGUGCGGAGCAGGAUCAAGAAGUUAUGUCUGCGACACCGCAGGAUUUGGGUUAUCACGCACUCGAUCUUCCUCUCGUACCUUGUUAAUGUGAAUGGCCACCACUUCUGGACCUGUGAGGCUCGGAAAUACCGCUUUGCCACCGAGGAAGAGACUUCCCAAAAGCGUUAUGGGUUGAACCAUGACUUAAGAUGCCGUCAAGACUUUGGCCCAACUGUGCUGAUAAGGAAGGAGUAA